CGCGCAUGUGCAGAACAGCCCGGCAACUAUUCAUAGUAAACACUAGAAAGAGAUAUUUCUCCUUCCGGGUCGGCUUCUCUUCCUUUCCCUGUCGGCCAUUUGUCGCAUACGAGUUGUAACCGACCGCGUGGACAACCUGUAAACAUGCAGAACGACGCUGGUGAAUUUGUGGACCUUUACGUCCCACGUAAAUGCUCUGCUAGCAACAGAAUCAUCGGAGCCAAGGACCACGCCUCUGUCCAGAUCAACAUCGCUGAGGUUGACAAGGUGACCGGCCGCUUCAACGGUCAGUUCAAGACCUACGCCAUCUGUGGCGCCAUCCGCAGAAUGGGCGAGUCUGACGACUCCAUCCUGAGGCUGGCAAGGGAUGAUAGCAUUGUUGCAAAGACCUUCUAAGAGCGAUGCUGGAGCAGUGGACACUUUGUCAAUAAAAUGAAAAACCAA